GCGAAUUUGUAAGAAUAGAGCGUGAUCUACUGACAAAUUCGUGUGUUUUUAUCAUAUAUAACGAGCUUCAUAGUCCAGUCUUCUACUACCAGAAUGCACAUCAAACGCAUCACGCACUCAUCACAAACCACAUCACAACCACCAGACAUCAGCACAUCUUCACCUCACACUUCGUCGAUUUCACAUCAACACCGCCGCAAUGGAGAACCUCCCAUCCGACCACUUCCUCACCAGCCUCCAGUUCACCAAGAACGUCUACCAAGACGUGUACCCCUCCAUUGACCCCUCGAAGCCGGAGCUGUCUCUGGCCGGCAAGGUUGUCAUCAUCACCGGUGCCAGCCGCGGCAUUGGAGCCAGGGGAAUCGCUCCCGCAUUCGCCAAAGCCGGCCCGAAGGCCAUUGUGCUCGUGGCGACCAACGCGGAGAAGCUUGCGACGGUCGAGGGCGAACUCAAGGCCAUCAACCCCAAGGUCCAGCUCCUUUCCGUUGCGGCCAACAUCGCCGAUGUCGCGUCGGUGGACAAUUUGUUCGCACAGGUGAAGGCGACCUUUGGCCAUGCCGAUGUCCUCGUCAACAAUGCCGGUGUCAGCGUUGCCGCUGGAAACUUCCACGAGCAGGACAUUGACGUGUGGUGGUCCAACCAUGAAGUCAACGCCAAGGGCGCCUUCCUGCUCGCGCGGGGCUUCAUCAACGCGCUCCCGGACCCCUCCACCACGCCGGCGACCAUCGUCAACCUGACGACGGCGGCGGCGUGGCUGGUGCUGCCCAUCAUGUCCGGGUACGCGACCAGCAAGGUGGCGAGCCAGCAGCUGAUGACGCACCUGGCGGCGGGCUACCCCAACAUCACGGCCGUGUCGCUGCACCCGGGCUUCGUCGACACCGACAUGGUGCCCGACAGCUUCCGCCACUUCGACUUCGACUCGCCCGCCCUCGUCGGCGGCGCCGCCGUGUGGCUGGCCAGUGACAAGGCCAAGUUCCUGAGCGGCCGCGCCGUGGCCGCGCAGUGGAGCGUGGAUGAUUUGGUGGCUAGGGAGGACGAGAUUGUUAAGGGGGGCUUGCUGCGCAUGGAGAUGACGGGCAAGUACGGGGCCGAGCAGUUUCAGUAGGGAGGGGGUGUUGGUCUCGUCGUUGAGUGGGGGGUGGUUUAGCAGGGCACGAGUGUAGAGGGGGAGGUUGAGGUUGGGAAGAUU